AUGUAAUAAAAAAAAUGCAAAGUAUAAGUGUAUUACGUGAGAAUUAGAAGGUUUAUGUGAUUAUGAUACUUCGUUAGUAUAUUUGUUUAAACUAUUUUGCAAUAAAUUUAUUUGUAGAGGGUUUCUACAAUUACAUUAGUGAUCUUUUACGAGGUGAACAAUGGAAGCAGUGCCGCGACUUCCUAUGAUAUGUUUUGAUUUGAAAAUAAGUCCAGAUCGGCAACCCACCGACUUUGGAAAAUUAAAACAGUAUAUCCGUGACUUUUACCAUGAGGACCCAGAAAGCUACUCGGCGGAGAUACACAAGCUGGAAGCGUUGCGAGCCACCGCCAUGCGUCCUGCCUCUGAUGUUACCGGCUGUUCUGUUCUCAAAAAGUAUUACUGUCAGCUCCACUCUCUGCAGAGCCGCUUCCCCAUGGGCAAAGAUGGGGCAGCUGCCGUCAAUUUUACCUGGAGAGACACGUACGCGAACAUGGUGUGUACUCUGGCAGAUAUACGGUUCGAGAUAGUGUCAGUACUAUAUAACAUCGGAGCCCUCCACUCCCAGUUGGGUGCCAGUGACGGACGGUCCACCAGUGAGGGCCUCAAACUGGCCUGUACUCACUUCCAGUGUGCUGCCUGGGCAUUUCAGCACCUGAAGGAUACGUACCCACAGCCAGCAGGGGUGGAUCUGGCUCCAGACCUCAUGCAGUUCAUGUACCAGGUGUGUCUGGCUCAAGCACAGGAGUGUAUCCUGGAGAAGAGUAUGACCGACAACCGCAAGGCUACCAUCAUCGCCAAAGUAGCAGCGCAGAUCGUUGACUACUACAAUAUGGCUCUCAAUGCUCUAUCCCACGGCGGGUCUGACGAUGGGUCAGUUCUGGAAACUGUAGGCAGCAAACUUUUCAAGAGCUGGAAACGUUACGUAAGGUUCAAGCUGACGUACUACGGUUGUAUAUCCCUGCUGUAUCAAGGUCAGCAGUCAGAGGAGCAGCAGAAGAUGGGGGAGAGAAUGGCUUACUACCAGGCAGCUUUUGACAAACUGGUGGAGGCUACUAAGCUGACCAAGGGUCUGGAUCACCCUGAGGUGAUUGAAGAGGCAUUAACUUUCACUAUGGAUGUGGUGGAGGGCAAACGAAAGGCAGCCAAGAAUGAGAAUGAGUUUAUCUACCACGAAGAAGUGCCAGAUAAAGAUGCUUUGCCUGAAAUCAAGGGUGCAGCCCUCGUGAAGGGCAUCCCUUUCGUUGUCACUGACCCGGACAUCGCUGGACCCGAUAUCUUCGGCAGGCUUGUCCCUAUGAAGGCUCAUGAGGCUUCCUCGUUGUACAGUGAGGAGAAAGCCAAACUACUGCGGAAGAUGGGCGCCUUGAUGGAUGAGAAGGAUCAGGAGUUGGUAGCCUUCAUGUCCUCUCUGCACCUGGAUUGUGUCAACGCUCACCUGGAACCUGACAGGCUACCUCAGGACAUUGUGGAUCGCUGUGCAGCUCUCAGUGCAAAGCCAGACGCCAUCCAGAACUUGAUUGAAUCCAUGGACAAGCUCUCCGAUAUUUACCAUGAUGUAGAAGCCAUGCUGAAGGAGAUUAUGGAACUUAUUCAUAACGAGGAGGUAGAAGAGAAGGAGUAUCAGGAGGUGAUGGGCAGUCGUCCACCAUCCAUCGUGGCCACAGACCUGACAAGAGAGGCCAACAAGUACGAGGAGGCCCACAACAAGGCUGCAGAGAGCAAUAAAACACUGCACAAGGCGAUGACUCAGCACAUAGCCAACCUGCGCCUGCUAGAGCUGCCUCUCGCACAGCUAGCACAGCAGAUACCCACAGUAACUGCACUCAACCUGGAUCAGCAACCGAUAGUGAACGAGAUGCAGCACUUGGUGGGCAAGGUGGAGGAGAUGAGGCGACAACGGGCGAUGUUGGCCACUCAAUUGAGAGAAUCUGUCUGCGGAGACGAUAUCACAGCCCAGCUGGUCACCAGACAACAUGACAACUUGGACACCAUAUUCCAGGAGGAGCUGCAGAAACAUUCCAAAUAUGUAACAUUCAUCGAACAAAAUUUAGCAGCCCAAGAAAAUAUCAUCAAGGCUCUGACAGAUGCUUAUGCCCAGUAUGCUCCUGUACGCAAAGCUACAAUGGAAGUAAUCAGGCAACGGAAUAUGACACUUUCUGCUCUCAUGUCUUCUUAUGAUGCCUAUGAAGAUCUGAUAGCAAAGUCAAACAAGGGGCAAGAGUUUUACAGGAAGCUAGAAACGAAUGUUACCAAACUCUUGCAGAGGGUGAAGGGGACGUGCAAGGUUCAACAGGAGGAGAGAGAUACGAUUCUGGCGAAGAACUGUAAGACUUUACCUUCGAAAGUUAAACCAAUAACUGAUGAACCGAUUUCUCAAAGUAUAACUUCUUCAGGGACAGGUGGUCCAAAGUUGAAAGAUUACUUGGAUAACUAUAAAAGAGACAAGGCCGGAGGAUAUUCUACUCAAAGUCCUGCAGCACAUGUACAAGAUGCCUACUACAGUGCAGGAAGCUUACCGUCGUCCAACCCUGUAGGAUAUCACGAGAGUAUACCACAGUACGACACGACUCAGUCUUGGAUUCCAAGUGUGAGACCAGCACCGGUCGGACAAGAAGGAACAUGUCCUAGUACAACCUCACAAGAUUUGAAACCAGAACCCACUUACUCCGGUUAUACUUCUUAUCCUGGCAGUAAGCCAUAUGGUGCUGAUAAUGCUCAGUUAUCCCAACAUUAUGCUGACCAGUACUCCUCGUAUAUGAGCCAGUAUCAGCAAUACCCUACAACAUCUUCACCUUACCACAUGCCUUCGAACUAUCCUAAGUCGAAUGAACCCGCGGGAUACUCCAAAGUUUCACCUAAUUAUCCUCCGAGUACCCCGAGUCCUCAGCUGCAAGGAGGUGCUCCCAGCACUGCAGCUACAUAUCCUGUUCCUGCUCCUUCACCCUCUUCAGUCGGUCAUAACUACCUUCAACCUUCUUACGAUCCUUAUAAGGUACCGACAACUGUUGGACAAGGAUAUACACCACCAACAACACUGCCACAAGCUUAUGGCACUUACAGUGGUUCUCAGUAUAGCCAGAACUACACGAAUACUCUACCACAAAAUGUGAACUAUCCUUCACAAGUUGGGCAAAUCCAACCUGAAAACUAUCCAUCCAAUCUUCAACAUAUGAAUGCCCAAUAUCCAAACAGUGGUUCUCAAACUUAUCAAACUCAGAACAUUCCUCAAAUACAGAACUAUUCUUCAAACUCUACAAUUCCCCAACACAGUUAUCCCUCAUCAAAUCCAGUUCCUCAAGGAACAAAUUACCAAAUACAAGCAACAAACGUACAUCCAAGUUCCUCACAACCCUCCAUUCAAGCAUAUCAGAAUCCAACAUCUACAUACCCUCAGACAUCAGUGAGUCAUAGGAGUUCUCUAACUUCGAUUGAUCAGACCAUUUCCAAUAAUUUUAGUGCAUUGCAAGGUAACCUAACUGCCGCAACGACUACAACAUAUUCCACUCAAGGUCCACUAUCUAACGCUCCAAGUGUUCCUGUUCAGGAAAAACAAGAAGCGCAAGGUUAUCCUCAGCAACAGAAUAUUUCAGAAAACUACAACUAUCCUACUCCAUCCAUCAGUCAAGGAGUAUCUCAGAAUACCACAGUAACUCCACAGUAUUCAAGUUACAUUCCUCAGAAUUACACUUCCUACUUGAACAAUGAACAGUAUUCACUGCCAGCUAACUACUCCGGAGCACAGCCAUGGCAAAGUUCGUAUGACGUAAAAAAUACCCAUUCGACUUACCAAAAUUACUACGCAACGAGUCAAUAUCAGAACUACUCCGAGGCCAGUACCGAGCUACAGUACACUCCAGCUACAGCUGCUUCCCAUUAUACUCGUGCCGGUGUCCCCAUCGGCCCUCAGACUAGCUCUUCAAUACCUACACAGUCCAACCAGAUGGCCCAGCCCAACUACACUCAAGGCAACUACUAUCACCAUCCUUACGGCUACCAGUACACAUCAGGAACUUUGCAGAGCAAUACGGUUUGUGAGUCUCCCUCUUCACCCAGAGUGUAUCCCGGGCAGACCCAAGGACAGGUCACACCUCAAAGCCCGAUGACGUACAUGCAAGCGUCCAACUCCAACUUGAAGCUCACUUUCAGUCAGGAUUCAUCCAAGGACGCUGCUGAAGAAAAGUCCAAUAUUGACCUGCUGGCAGGCCUGGACUUUUCCCUCAGUCAAGACCCUCUGGUGCCUCAACAGAAGGUUGUAGAAUCUCCCGCCAAAGUAUUGCCUAAACCUGCAGCUCCGACUGUGUCCUCUACUGGUAUCGAGGAGAAAAUUGCUGCAGUGACUCUUGCUGAGACAACAGCUGUGGUACCAGAUUGCAGAACCAUUCCCUUAACACCAAAAAAGAGUGUAGAAGAAAGAAGUAAAGGGAAGUUCCAGUUGAAGGAUCCUUUCAACGACACAGAAGUGCUGAAUCAGUUUGUGCAAGAAGUAGAAAAAUUUGAAAAGUUUGUUGAAAGCCUUACAAUGAAAACCCUUAAUGGCCCAACGCUGCUGGACAUCAAGUGGAAGGAGUUAUUGGAAUUGCAGGAGAGGGAUAGUGUGAAGCAUAGCAUCUCUGUAGCCCGUUGUUAUCCUGUCAAGAACAGAUUCCCUGACAUCUUGCCUUAUGAUAACUCGAGAGUAGAGCUGCCCUCUACCAAGGAUGACUACAUCAACGCUUCUUAUGUUAAGGAUAUCACACCCAAUUUCCCAGAUUUUAUUGUAACUCAGCUGCCUCUCUCAGCAACAUUUGGAGACUUCUGGACCAUGAUUCUGGAACAGCAAGUGGAACUGAUUGUCUGUCUCCUUAAUGACUCUGAGUUGGAAGGUGUCCAGUACUGGCCCAGUGACAGAGGGGUGGAGAUGACAGUAGGCAGGGUGAAGCUGACUCUUCAGAGUUCCAACGUCUGCAAGCAUUGGGUGGAGAGGAUUAUCUACGUGACAGACACUAAGGUGUCUAGGGUCGUGGUGCACCUGCAGUUCUCCGAGUGGCCUGGCAGCCUGUUCCCAUCGUCGCCGGGCCCGUUCCUGUCACUGGUGUGUGAAGCGCUGAGUGUUCGAGCCCAGCAGCGAGGAGAGGGUCCUGUGGUAGUCCACUGUCUCAGCGGUGUGGGUCGUGCAGGUUUGUACCUGCUGGCUACUGCUGCCGUGUGUCACAUCCACCACACGCGCGCACUGCCUGACCUCUCCACCCUGGCCGCCAAGAUCUCCGGUUGGAGGAAGAAUGCUCUGCGCGACCGAGAACACUUCAAGUUUGCCCAGCAAGCAUUGCUCUAUUACAGCCAGGACUUGUUGAUGAAACGAGGCAUUCUUGCCAGCAGAGCUAGUUUUGAGGACAAAAGGACUAAGUCCCACACCCGUCACCCGUCAGAGGACUUCCUCCUGGGACCUCCGAAAGAUGUCACUCAACCCCAAACCAACACAGAAAAGAAAGCAGCAGACGACACUUCGAGUGAUGCGGCUGCAAAUGGAGCUGUAGAUCCUCUCAGCCAGCUUGAUCCUUUGUGGUCCAUGAAGAGACUGAAGUAGUUUUACAUACAUAAUUCUGUCAUUACAUAACACAGUACUUUAUAUUUGUAUAAUAAAUCGUUAUCAUCAUGACUACAUACUUGUAUUAUCUCUUAUUUAUUUAGGUUUCUUUAAAACCAUAUUUUAAUUUUACUAACUUAUUACUGUUUGUAGUCAAUCAAUAAACUACUAUUUCUAUUAAAAUUACUCUUUUAACUCCCUG